AUGCUAUAUUAUCUUAGACAACGAGUGCCAUCGACACUUAGGCCAGCAAUCUCACAAUCUCUGCUGCGCUUCAAACAUUCAAAAAGGAUGUUCUCCGCCAUUCCUCAAGCGGUUACAAACACCCACCAACCCGAUGUCUCAUAUCGAUCUCUGGCAUUAUCCCCGAGUGAAGAUAGCCCAGAUAUCCGCCAGAAGUAUCGACCAUUUAUCCUUGACAACAAUGCAACUGAGGACUGGGUCAACAACUUAGACCUGACCACCGCAGCGGACAUGGCAGAACAUAACCUACGGGUUACAAACGAGAGGCUGAGAGUCCUGGUACUCUAUGGAAGCCUUCGUAAAAGGUCAUAUUCUCGACUAGUGGCAUUGGAAGCUUCCCGUAUACUUUUCCGGCUCGGCUGUGACGUACGCGUCUUUGACCCCGAAGGUCUUCCUAUGAAGAACGAGAGUGAUACCGCCCAUCCCAAAGUACAGGAGCUCCGAGAACUCAGUGUGUGGAGCGAUGGACAUGUCUGGGUUUCUCCUGAACAGCAUGGCAAUUUGACCGCUGUGUUCAAGAAUCAGAUCGAUUGGAUUCCUUUGACUACUGGCAGUGUCCGUCCCACCCAAGGCCGAACACUAGCCAUUGCCCAGGUGUGCGGUGGAUCCCAGUCGUUCAAUGCGGUCAACUCUUUGCGUAUCCUGGGUCGGUGGAUGCGUAUGUUUGCGAUUCCGAAUCAGUCUUCGAUCCCGAAGGCAUAUACACAGUUCCCGGAUGAAGGGCAACCGGGAGAUCAACGACUUAUGCCUAGUGGUAACAGAGAUCGUCUGGUGGACUGCAUGGAGGAGUUUGUCAAAUAUACGAUUCUGAUGCGGCCUCACAUCGGUCUUUUUGGUGACCGUUUUAGUGAACGGGAGGAGAAGAAGAUAAAGGAGGCAAAGCUGAAUGCCGCUACAGUUAUUUGA